CCAGCAGCACCAGCAGCCUCCAAAUCGGCCGACUCCACACGCUACUCUGGCCCCCUCCCUCCUUCCCUCCCUCCCUCCCCUCCCUCUCGUUUCUUCCUUUCCCGGAGAGGAGGACCGAGGGGAGGGCAGGCGGCCAGCCCCGGAGGAGGGGGGGUGCCGUGCCGAGGGGGCCUGUGGUCAGAAGGAGCAGUAGCAGCAGCAGCAAGAGAAGAUGCUGAGGAUGCGGACCACGGGAUGGGCGCGCGGCUGGUGCUCGGGCUGCUGCCUCCUCCUCCUGCCGCUCUGCCUCAGCCUGGCCGCCGCCAAGCAACUGCUCCGGUACCGGCUGGCGGAGGAGGGCCCCGCCGACGUGCGGAUCGGCAACGUGGCCUCGGACCUGGGCAUCGUGACCGGCUCUGGCGAGGUGACUUUCAGCCUGGAGUCUGGCUCCGAGUACCUGAAGAUUGACAACCUCACGGGCGAGCUGAGCACCAGCGAGCGGCGCAUCGACCGGGAGAAGCUGCCCCAGUGUCAGAUGAUCUUCGACGAGAACGAGUGUUUCCUGGACUUCGAGGUGUCGGUGAUAGGGCCCUCGCAGAGCUGGGUGGACCUGUUCGAGGGUCGGGUCAUCGUGCUGGACAUCAACGACAACACGCCCACCUUCCCGUCCCCGGUGCUCACGCUCACGGUGGAGGAGAACAGGCCUGUAGGGACGCUCUACCUGCUGCCCACGGCCACCGACCGUGACUUCGGACGCAAUGGCAUCGAGCGCUACGAGCUGCUCCAGGAGCCCGGGGGUGGCGGCGGCGGCGGCGGGGAAGGAAGGCGUUCGGGGCCGGCGGACAGCGCCCCCUACCCAGGGGGCGGCGGGAACGGCGCGAGCGGCGGCGGCGCUGGCGGCGGCUCUGCGGGCUCCAAGCGGCGGCUGGAGGCGCCCGAGGGCGGCGGCGGGACGGGUCCCGGGGGCCGGAGCAGUGUGUUUGAGCUGCAGGUGGCCGACACCCCAGACGGCGAGAAACAGCCGCAGCUGAUAGUGAAGGGGGCGCUGGACCGCGAGCAGCGGGACUCCUACGAGCUGACCCUCCGAGUGCGCGACGGGGGCGACCCACCUCGCUCCUCGCAGGCCAUCCUGAGGGUGCUCAUCACCGACGUGAACGACAACAGCCCCCGCUUCGAGAAGAGCGUGUACGAGGCAGACCUGGCUGAGAACAGCGCCCCGGGCACCCCCAUCCUGCAGCUGCGCGCCGCCGAUUUGGACGUGGGGGUCAACGGACAGAUCGAGUACGUAUUCGGGGCCGCCACGGAGUCGGUGAGGAGGCUGCUGCGCCUGGAUGAAACGUCGGGCUGGCUCAGCGUCCUGCACCGGAUUGACCGCGAGGAAGUGAAUCAGCUGCGAUUCACAGUCAUGGCCCGUGACCGCGGGCAGCCCCCCAAGACCGACAAGGCCACCGUGGUCCUCAACAUCAAAGACGAGAACGACAACGUCCCUUCCAUCGAGAUCCGCAAGAUAGGGCGCAUCCCACUUAAGGACGGGGUGGCCAACGUGGCCGAGGACGUCCUGGUGGACACCCCAAUCGCCCUGGUGCAGGUGUCCGACCGAGACCAAGGCGAGAACGGGGUAGUCACCUGCACUGUAGUGGGCGAUGUGCCUUUCCAGCUGAAGCCAGCCAGCGACACGGAGGGCGACCAGAACAAGAAAAAGUACUUCCUGCACACGUCGGCCCCGCUGGACUAUGAGACCACCCGGGAAUUCAACGUGGUCAUAGUAGCCGUGGACUCCGGCAGUCCCAGCCUCUCCAGCAACAAUUCCUUGGUGGUCAAGGUGGGAGACACGAACGACAACCCUCCGGUCUUUGGUCAGUCUGUGGUUGAGGUUUACUUUCCAGAGAACAACGUUCCUGGUCAGAGGGUAGCCACGGUGCUGGCCACAGAUGCUGACAGUGGGAAGAAUGCAGAGAUUGCCUACUCUCUGGACUCCUCGGUGAUGGGGACGUUUGCCAUUGAUCCCGAUUCUGGGGACAUCCUGGUCAAUACAGUACUGGACCGGGAGCAGACUGACAGGUAUGAGUUUAAAGUUAAUGCCAAAGACAAAGGCAUCCCCGUGCUGCAGGGCAGUACCACGGUGAUUGUACAGGUUGCUGAUAAAAAUGACAACGACCCUAAGUUUAUGCAGGAUGUCUUCACCUUUUACGUGAAGGAAAACUUGCAACCCAACAGCCCUGUGGGCAUGGUCACCGUGAUGGAUGCUGACAAGGGGCGGAAUGCAGAAAUGAGCCUGUACAUAGAGGAGAACAGUAACAUUUUUUCUAUUGAAAACGACACGGGGACCAUUUACUCCACAAUGUCUUUCGACAGGGAGCAUCAGACUACAUACACUUUCAGAGUGAAGGCUGUGGACGGGGGCGACCCUCCCAGGUCGGCCACAGCCACGGUCUCCCUCUUUGUGAUGGAUGAAAAUGACAAUGCUCCCACAGUUACCCUUCCCAGAAACAUUUCCUACACGUUGCUGCCACCUUCAAGUAAUGUCAGGACGGUUGUAGCCACGGUGUUGGCAACAGACAGUGAUGAUGGCAUCAAUGCAGACUUGAACUACAGCAUUGUGGGAGGGAACCCUUUCAAGCUGUUCGAGAUUGACCCUUCCAGUGGCGUGGUUUCUUUAGUAGGAAAACUCACCCAAAAGCAUUAUGGCUUGCAUAGGCUGGUUGUGCAAGUGAAUGACAGUGGUCAACCUUCCCAGUCCACGACGACUUUGGUGCAUGUGUUUGUCAAUGAAAGCGUUUCCAACGCAACUGUGAUCGACUCUCAGAUAGUCAGAAGUUUGCACACCCCACUCACCCAGGAUAUAGCCGGAGACCCAAGCUAUGAAAUUAGCAAACAGAGACUCAGUAUUGUCAUUGGGGUGGUUGCUGGCAUUAUGACAGUGAUUCUGAUCAUUUUAAUUGUCAUGAUGGCGAGAUACUGCAGGUCCAAAAGUAAAAAUGGCUACGAAGCCGGCAAAAAAGACCAUGAAGACUUCUUUACACCCCAGCAGCAUGACAAGUCUAAGAAGCCUAAAAAGGACAAGAAAAACAAAAAAUCCAAGCAGCCACUCUACAGCAGUAUUGUCACUGUCGAAGCCUCCAAACCAAAUGGACAAAGGUACGACAGUGUCAACGAGAAGCUGUCAGACAGCCCAAGCAUGGGCCGGUACAGAUCUGUUAACGGUGGGCCUGGUAGCCCCGACCUGGCAAGGCAUUACAAAUCCAGUUCCCCGUUGCCUACUGUUCAGCUGCACCCCCAGUCUCCAACUGCAGGGAAAAAACAUCAGGCUGUACAAGAUCUACCACCAGCCAACACAUUUGUGGGAGCAGGAGACAACAUUUCAAUUGGAUCAGAUCACUGCUCCGAGUACAGCUGUCAAACCAGUAACAAGUACAGCAAACAGGUGGAUACAGUGCUGACCACGAACCCACCUGGCCACAUUGAGGAAUCGUGUAAAAUCAAUCCAUUUCGUAGAGUGACGUUUUCUGUUGUGAGUCAGCCUCAGGACCCACAUCAGGGGUCACUGCAGAGUUGCUAUGACAGCGGGCUGGAGGAGUCAGAAACACCAAGCAGUAAGAGUUCAUCAGGGCCAAGACUGGGUGCCCUUCCACUCCCAGAGGACAACUAUGAAAGGACCACGCCGGAUGGCAGUGUUGGUGAGGCAGAACAUAUGGAAAAUGAUUCAAGGCCUCUUCCAGAUGUAGCUCUGACUGGCAAGUGCACCCGUGAAUGUGAUGAGUAUGGCCAUUCAGACUCCUGCUGGAUGCCAGUCCGCACUUCCCCUGAGAGGAAGAAGAGCCAGCCCAAACUCUCCACUUUCAUGCCUGUCGAUGAACGAGGAAGCCAGGAAAAGCUGGCCAAUGGCGAAGCUGCCAUCAUGGGGGACCGCAACAGAAACCUCCUGAACAAAAAGUUGACCUCAUCCUAUGAAACCUUCAGUGCAGCUAGCUUCAGCAAAAAUGAGGAAGCCAACUCUGAGGAUAUUCCUUUAACAAAAACAGGGGAAUAUAAGCCAUCUCCUGUCAACACUCUCACUAGAAGAGAAGUUUACCUGUAGGCUGACAAGGAGCAACAGCAAAGUUCUUUUCACAUAUGAGGAGAGUUAGGGGCAAGAACAUUACAAAGUAAAACCAUUAAUCACAAAGAGGGGGCUACCAAAGAAACAAAGCUUUCCUGCCACUUCCGCCUCCCGAUCAGGCCUUUAGCGAUAUUGUUUGCCUGAUGAGUGUACAAAGUAGAAUCCAUUCUUGUCUCUUGCAUGUCUACACCCUUCACUAACCCCCAGCACCCACUCUCUAUUUUGAUACCCCUCCCCUCAAACCCAAAUAACAACAAAAUAAAAAAAAAAAAAGAUGGUUGCAAGUUCUUUCCAUGAUAACAAGUCUGAUUAGCAGAACAGAGCACACCCUCAUUAUUCCCAAUCCGAGGCAUGAUUUUGGUU